AUGACACGACCAGAGAUUAUACGAGCAGAUUCGAUUGAUUUGCAAGACCAAAAUGCCCCUUCCGCCCAGGACCACUCGCGAAAACCCCCGAAUGCAGGCCCUAUAGGGGUCGGGUCCCCAGCUUCCCAUCAUGCUGAAGCAUUGCGGGAAGUGGCUGCAGAGGCUGCGGAGCAGAACCAUAGGAGUCCGCGAGUGUCGCGAGAAUGGGCCAACAGUGAGGUGCAGCAGCUUGAACAGUAUGGGGAAGAUGACAUGGUUGCUGCGGUCGGUUCCAAGGUGAAUGGGUCCAACUACCAACAGCAAGAUGCCCUGGCGAUUGCGCAAAAUGGUGGCCUCACGGGAUUGAGUGCGGAGGAUGCUGAAAUGGCGGAUGCAGAGGGUGACGAUGACAUGGAUGAUGAUAUGAUGGACAAGAUUUCAAGUUCUCCGUCAAUCGACGAUGGUGGGUGUUCCCUUCCACAAUUGUGGCCUCAGAGGUCUUCUCCGCUCUCAAAAAGUCCAUCCACUCCUGUGUCGUUUUCACAAGCGUGCGGCGAAAGUUCACCUCCAUUCUUGGAGACGCCAGACUACUUCUCGUUACAAUCCCAGCAUGGACAAGUCGGUAAAGAGAUGAUCCAAGGUGGUCAAAUUCAAUACAAUCAUCAUCUUCCGGGUGAGUAUCCGGACCGCUUGGACGACAGUGAUGGCGACAGCGAUACCGAACUGGACGACCGCCGUCAAGCAGAUGGUAUGGUAUCACCAAGCCCAGCAGAACUCAUGAAGCAGUAUAUCGGCCACUACCACCAAACUUGUGAGCAUGAUUCAUUUUCCGAUGGAUUGCCUGACAGAUGCCUGGACCGACACAAUUCUGAGGACCAGUUCAAAUGUGCCCUGACUUUGCCUUACGACAGUUCCGACGAGGAAGAUGAUGAUUAUGACAUUCCUUACAGUGCUGAUUCUAGAUUUGUUGAUUCGGGUUGGGGUGGAGAAUGCUUACAAGAUACAGAGGAUAUCGAUUUCGAAUUCGUUUACGCCCUCCAUACCUUUGUCGCAACAGUCGAGGGGCAGGCCAAUGCCACGAAAGGAGACACCAUGGUGCUUCUGGAUGACAGCAAUAGCUACUGGUGGCUCGUAAGGGUGGUGAAAGACAGUAGUAUUGGGUACCUACCUGCAGAGCACAUUGAGACGCCAACUGAACGGUUAGCACGUUUAAAUAAGCAUAGAAAUAUUGAUCUCACAUCUACCAUGUUGGGCGACCAAGCCGAAAAGACCAAAAAUCCUCUUAAAAUGGCUAUUCGGAGAAGAAAUGCCAAAACAGUUGCAUUUGCUGCUCCCACCUACGUAGAAGCCUCCGACAUCGACUACUCAACAGAUGAGGAAGAAGACGGCGAGGGAGAAUACUACAGGCAGAAUGGGGAAGCAGAACAAACUGCUGACCAGCAAAAUGCUACUGCUGAUGAGGAAGAUGUUGACAGAGUCGAACCCCUGAAGCCACGUGCCGAAGUAAGAGAGGUUAUAUCGGCUUCAGCUGAGCCUGAUGCUAAAGCUGAGGUGAUGGUAUCCGACGUUAACGAUGACACUACGAGAACAAGCGAUGAGAUCUUUGAUGGAAAGUUGGAGAGCAAGUCAAGGAACGGAACGGUGAGAAAUACAGAUUCGUUCUUCAAGGACGAUACCGUGGAAACCAGGAAGAUUACACUUACGCCGAACCUGCUUCGAGAUGAUUCCAGUGCUUCAACCCGAACAUCAAAUGAUUCUAAAGACUUCAAACAACGACCUAGCCUGGAUAAAGUUGAAAAGGACUCUAGCCCAGAGAAAAGUAAAGACAAGAAGGAUAAGAAGGACAAGAAAGAGAAAGACAAGAAGCCAGGUAUGCUCAGUGGCCUGUUCAAGCGGAAGGAAAAGCGAGCCAAGACGACAGAGGAAGAAGUCGACGAACUCAUGGCCGGGAAGCGGUCAACUGAAAAUGCAAGAGGAUCACCAGUUCCCAGUAAAGAUUCGGACGAUAUCGCAUCUAUCGAAGAACAAACCCCGGUAUCAUCAUCGGAAAUCCAAAGGCACCCAAGUAAGCUACAGAAGCAGCCUCGGAACGAAGUUACAGGUCGCAAGGCAGGCCUUGCGAAAGAGCUUAAGCCUUUGGAGCAGCCUCAGGAUCGGGCAACCCCAGCUGAAUCUGUUAAAGAACCUGUUAAAACACCAUCUAUGCGUCUGGUUGAAUCUGAUCCGGCUGAAAAUUCAGUGCAACCGCGAGACCUUUCACCUGAGCUUGCUCGGGAUCCUACGCCUGUUGCCGUAGCUCCCAAGGAGCACAAAUCUGUUGGUCCUAUCUCGAAGAUACUUCGAUCGGGUAACCCCGAACCAAAACCCGUGAAGCUUAAGAAAGCCAAGGCUCGUGUCGAGCUAGAUGACUUCGAUUCCUCACCAGACAACUCUUCUGUUGAGGAACCCGAACUAGCACCUAGUAAGCAAUUCCAGGCAGCGAUUCCAGGCAGCUUCCCGGAUAGUUAUACAUCAACUCCUGCGCAAGAGAAACCCAACCCGACGGAAGAGAGGUUAUCAGAGUCUCCAGUCGAGGUGUCUCCAAUGACCCCUGUGCAAUCGUACCCACCCCCUCUGAUGGGUGACAAUUCGAGUCAAGAAGAGCCACCCUCGCCUCGGUCGUCGGUUUCGCCUGAGCUUAUUGACGCGGAUGAUGCUCGAGAAAAGAAAGACCAGGCAAGCUCCACGACGUCCGCAUCAACUCCGACGUGGAGCGAUGCUCACCUGCGAACAUUCUUUGACGACGACGCGGAUAUCAAAGACCUACUUGUCGUGGUAUACGACAAGUCAGGUGUAGUCCCUGCUGGGCCGGACCAUCCGGUUGUGGGGAAUCUCUUCCGCGAAGAGAAUGCAAAAUUGGCCGACAUAACCAAUGACGGCUAUCAACACGCAACGGCCGGCCGGCCAGCCAGUGCUUUGACCAUUGACCUUUGGCCUUUGACCUUUGACCGCGGCCACGACUCCAAGCCCAGCCAGCCUGCCAGCGAGCCCAGCCUCAGCGAGUUAGCGAGGUGGAAGCGAACGAGUGCAACUUCAUCAAGGAUCCAACUGCUUCACACCUGGACAGCUCGACAGCUCAACAGCCCAACUCUGUCAACUCUGCCAACCUCGGCCAUCUGCGACCUCAUUAACGACGAGACCACUGUCGCUGCGCUGCGCUGCUUUACUGCUUCGUUGCUUGCGACCUCCCCUCCUGCCGUUGGUGUUCCCCCUUGCUUCAACAUCAGCAUGGCAUUCGAAUCGGGCACCGCGUAUCCAGAGUCUGAUGCGGACGAUGAAUACGAGAGAAGCGUACACGCCAGUUCGCCCGUCCUGGCCACCGAUUCCGAGGCCUCGCCCACCGACUCGGAAGGGCUAUCGUCGAACGAGCAUACUCCGACGACAUAUGGCGCCCAUAGCAGCGGAGAUAGGCUGCCAGAGACUAUCAUCACGGAAUGGACGGCUGAUGAGUGCGCCGACUUUGUAGGCAGUCUAGGCUUGCGCCAAUAUGCAGAACAAUUCUUAGAAAAUGAUAUCGUUGGUGAAUCACUGGUAGCGUUGCUCCAUGACGACCUGAAGCAAAUGGGGGUGACCAGCGUUGGCCAUCGACUCACAAUCCUGAAGAGCGUUUAUGAUAUCAAAAUCAAGCAGGAUAUCCCCCUAGAAAGCGAUCACUAUGUUCCUUUGUCCGCAGAUGCCGAGGCGCAGUAUGCCACGGCAACCCUCAAAGACAUCAAACUCCUCGUCGAGCAACUACGGUUACGAGAUGAGCGGAUGAGCAUCGCGGAGCAGGAAUUGCGACGAAUAACCGCGGAAUACACUCGACUAAGGGAGGAUUUACUCCCUGUAUUUCGAAUGGCGAAAGAAGGACAACCACUCCCUUACCCUUCCACCGACACGAACAAUCAAAUAUCCUAUAACUACGAUACCUCGAACAUCAUCUCCCCACCGGCGCAAACAACAUCCUCUGGACAAUCUGGGGGUGGUGUAUCAAGGAAUCUCUCCACGAAAAAGCUAUUCUUCGAACCACCGAAAAAUGCGUCACCAACCUAUAUGCAAAUAGGCCAAGAAAGGUCUCUGAUGGAACAAGCGCUCGAUCCUGCCAAUGCUGCAGAGCGAGCCGUCCUAUCGUCAUCACAUUUAGCUGCCAUGAACGGCGGCUCGCAACCAUCCAUAUCCCCAGGCCACCCAUCUCCAAACCAGCCUUCACCAACAUCGCCCCCGACACUCAACGGCUCCACCCUUGCCUCUCACUAUUAUCGCUCAGAUCAACCGACUCCCGCUCGUAGCACUUUCGACAACGACCAAUACCAACCUUCAACAUACUCCCGCGAUUCUACCAAGCCCGCUCCCUUACGGCGCGCGCAAACACCUGCUCUCGACACACCCUCCGGUAGCUCCGGCGGCGGCGCUUCAGUAGAAAUAUUCAAAUCCUUCCGCGUAAGCAUGGAGGAUCCAUGCUACAAGGUCCUGCCCGCUGCCCUAAAGAAAUACAACAUCAAUGCACCGUGGGAGCAAUAUGCAUUGUAUAUCGUAUACGGAGAUAAGGAGCGGUGCCUAGGGAGAGAUGAGAAGCCUCUAAUCUUGUUCAAACAAUUAGAUAAGGAGGGCAAGAAACCGAUGUUUAUGCUGAGGAAAUUGCCCGAUGUCGGGCAAGUCAGCGAUGCUCCUGGGAGUGCGGGACUAGAUAGGGGGAUGGGUCGUGCCCAUCAAAACGCGGGGGCGACUUAUGAUCCUCCUGGUGGAAUUAUAUGA